CAGCUGGAUUCCCGCUUUGUAAGACGCAAAACUUCGCUUUCAUCUACAGCGACCCAACCGGCGUUAUUAACUCCCAAAUUAACGAAUUAUUGGUGAUAACUUCAGUAGCAGGAUGGACCUCAAAGUUCUAGGGCUGCUCCUUGCCCUGUGUUGCUUUGGGUACUGCUCCAGAGACUGCCGUGUGGACAACUUCAGGGUCAAACAAGAUUUUGACAAAAAUCGGUAUGCUGGAACAUGGUACGCCGUAGCUAAGAAAGACCCACAAGGACUUUUCCUCCUCGAUAACAUUGUCGCUCAGUUUUCCGUCGAUGAAAAUGGUAAAAUGACAGCAACAGCCAAAGGAAGAGUCAUAAUCUUACAAACUGUGGAGCUCUGCGCUGACAUGGUGGGUACUUUCAGAGAGACCAAUGACCCAGCGAAGUUCAAGAUGAAGUAUUAUGGUCUUCUCUCCUACCUUGAGAAAGGACUUGAUGAUCACUGGGUUGUAGACACCGAUUAUGACACCUACGCGAUCCAUUAUUCCUGCCGUAAGUUAAACGCUGACAACACAUGUGAGGACAGCUACUCGUUCGUGUUUUCCCGGGAUCCAAAGGGACUUACUCCAGAGGCACAAAGAAUCGUGAGGAGGAGACAAGAGGAGCUGUGUUUGGACCGGAAGUACAGAGUGGUUGAGCACAACGGCUUCUGCGAUUAAUCGAAUACAAUGGAGGAAUCCAAUCAAGGAUCCUGUUGAUUCUCCGAGUUUCCAAGAUCCAUUCCUACUCGGCAUCUUACAGAAUAUAAUACGCCAAUGAAAUAACAAUAACCUGCUGUGGAAUGAUUCUAGUAGCCAUGUAUAUAUUUUAUACCGGAUUUAAUUGACUCCCAUGUAUAGCGCUUCAUUUCAUGUUUGAUUCCUGUUUCUAGAAGUGAAGAAAAUAAAUAUUUCUGUUCCAAAAAAAAAAAAA